AUGCCAGGCGCCUCGGCGUCCACGACGGCGCAGUACGCGGGCAUCGGCGUCUUCAUCGCCAUCGUCCUCUACGUCGUCCUCUACUACAGCCGCUCCUUCAACUCGGCGCUCGGCCUCGGCCCCGACGACGUCGCCGUGCUCCCCACGUUCACGUACCGCUCCCCCUCGCCGGGCCGCGGCGACUCGAGGGCCCCGCCCGCGGCCGCGGCGGCGGACUGCUGCGCGGUCUGCCUCGACGAGCUCCGCGACGGCGCGCUGGUGCGCAUGCUGCCGUCGUGCAGGCACUACUUCGACGCGGGGUGCGUCGACGUGUGGCUGCUGUCGCACGCGACGUGCCCGGUGUGCCGGGGCAGCCCGGGCCCGGAGAAAGUCCGCCUGGGCGUCGCGUCCCUGUCGCCGCCGCUCCCGCAGCUGCGCCGGCUCGACGCGGCGUCGCACGAGCGCGAGAGGGGCGAGGCGUCGGGAGCGAAAGACGCCGUCGUCUCGUCCAUGUCGUCAUCUCCAGUGAGGUCCCCCAUGCAUUUUGAGCUCAUGGUCGCCAUGGGCAAUGGUCGCUCGGCUGUGUCGCCGUCGCCGACUCGGCCAAGAACGCCGGACGGCCGGAUGUGCAGGACAAGAUCACCUUCUCCUUCCACGUUAGACCCGCACGACGCUGGAGUGUAG